GGCCGAUACCUUGACCCUUGACAUCACAAGAAAUUUAGCACAUUCAACGGCACCACUUCACCUGCGUUGUUUAUAGAGAGAGAAAAUCUGAACUUGGAAGUCGUCUUUACAGAGUGUAGCUACCUCACUCCAACCAAUUCUCACUCUUUUCUCACUUCACUACCAUUACAUUCUGCCAUUUUUAAUACCUUCAUUCAUUAUUCCUCCAUUUUCAUUCUCUUCCCUCUGAACCCAAUUUUCCCCUGAAAUACCCUUUUUAAUUCUAUCCAUUAAUGAUUUUAACAUCUCUCCAAUUAUGCCUUCCCCCUAAAUCUAGUAUUUUUCUUUCCUAGGGUUUGUUUCUUCAUCUUAAUCUUCAAACAUGUUUUCUAAUUGUGAUAGUAGUAGUAGUAGUAGUAUCAUCACUUUCUCGCUUCUGUUUUUGCUAUUUUAUACUCCAAUUUUCGUAUGCUGCAAUUCUGAUGAAGUUCGUGCUCUUCUUGAAUUCAAAAAGGGGAUUCAAAGUGACCCUCUCAAAAAAAUCACCACAACUUGGAAUUCAACUGCUGUUUCAACUGCUGCAGAUCUCGAUUCUUGUCCAACAUCCUUUCAUGGCGUCAUUUGCGAUGAUUCUUAUAAUUCCGUCGUCUCCAUUGUUCUUGAUAACCUAAAUCUAGCCGGUGAGUUAAAGUUUAGUACUUUAAUUGGGCUCAAAAUGCUUCAAAAUCUAAGUCUUCAAGGGAAUAAUUUUACUGGUCGUUUAGUUCCUCAAUUAGGUUCAAUGAGCAAUUUACAAUACUUAGAUCUGUCGGGUAAUAGUUUUAUUGGUCGGAUCCCUGACCGAAUUCACGAUCUAUGGAACUUGCAGUACUUGAAUUUGUCUCAUAAUCAGUUUUCUGGGGGUUAUCCGGCCGGAAUUCGGAACCUUCAACAACUUAGGGUUUUUGAUAUGCAUUCUAAUCAACUAUGGGGUGAUGUUGGGCUUUUCUUCUCUGAGCUUAGAAAUGUGGAGUUUGUUGAUUUGAGUAUGAACAAAUUCUCUGGUCAACUUCCGGUUGAUUCUUCCCUUGUUUCAAGUAUGGGGAAUACGAUUCGGCAUUUGAACUUAAGUAGAAAUUUGCUGGGUGGAAAGUUCUUGUCAAAUAAUACAUUGGCAUUGUUUCAGAGUUUAGUGGUUUUGGAUUUAGGCGAUAAUAUGAUUGGGGGAGAGCUUCCUUCGUUUGCUUCCCUCUUUAAUUUGAGGGUUUUGCGUCUACGAAAUAAUCAGUUGUAUGGAGAAGUGCCGGUAGAGCUGUUAACUACUUCCAUCCAUUUGAUCGAAUUGGAUCUUAGUGGAAAUGGGUUUUCUGGCUUUGUACGUGGUAUCAAUUCUACAACCUUGGAGCUACUGGAUUUGAGUUCAAACAGGUUGACAGGUAGCUUUCCAGAGUUCAGUUCUCAAUCAGGUUUGACUUCCUUGAGAAUCAGUAACAAUUCUUUGGAAGGUAGGUUGCCCUCUGAAUGGCGUCAGUUCUCAAGAUUGUCCAAGGUUGACCUCAGCAUUAACAAAUUCUCUGGGCCAAUUCCACCUGCUUUAUUUUCCUUGAACUUGAUUGACCUAAAUCUUUCUAGAAAUCAUUUCAAUGAAGCAAUUCCUUUCCCUGAGUCUAUGGUUGGUGAACUUUUGGCUGAACCGGUUUUUGCACCUUUGGAAUCCUUGGAUCUUUCUGAAAAUGCAUUGGAAGGAGAUCUCUCCACAGAUGUUGGCUUCCUGGGUAGGUUAAAAUCUUUGAAUCUUGCGAAAAAUAGACUAUCUGGACGUAUACCAAGUUCGCUGGUCCGAAUUGAUGGUUUGGAGUCUCUUGAUUUGUCAAACAAUAAAUUUGAGGGUCACUUGCCUGGUCAACUUCCGACAAGUUUGAAGGCAUUGAAUGUAACCUAUAAUAGUCUGUCUGGUACUGUCCCUGAAAAUUUGAGAAGAUUUCCCCCUACUUCUUUUUAUCCAGGAAAUGAGAAGUUAGUUAUCCCGGUUGAAGGAUCACCAAAUGAUGCUUCAAGUUCUAUAUCUGAUGGAGCUGGGCAUCAUCGUUCAAAGUCUAGCAUCAGGGUUGCCUUUAUUCUUGCUUCAGUUGGGGCAGCUUUGAUGAUUGGAUUUGUCGCACUAGCUUAUUAUCGUGCUCAGUUUCAUGGUAGUAGUAGUAACAAAUUCAAUGGUUCUACUGCUGGAAGAGACGUUAAAUUGGGGAGAUUUGGUCGACCUUCUCUUUUCAAAUCUCAUGCGCGCUCUGAGCCUUCAGAAACAUCAUUGAGUUUUUCUAAUACUCAUUUACUUACUUCAAAUAUAAGCUCAUUGUCAGGGCAGGCUGACCAUGUGCCAGAUAUUUCCGAGCAUGCAUCUGUUGUAGCAGCAUCUAGUAUCAAUCUCCCCGACAAAUCUGUAGUAACAUCAGCAAGAAAGUCCCCCCCUGGGUCACCAUUGUCAUGUUCCCCCCGAUUCAUUGAGACAUCUGAACAACCCAUAACAUUGGAUGUUUAUUCACCUGAUCGGUUUGCUGGAGAGCUAUAUUUCCUUGAUGCAUCUCUUGCAUUCACAGCUGAGCAGUUAUCUCGAGCCCCUGCUGAAGUUCUUGGUCGAAGCAGUCAUGGUACGCUGUACAAGGCUACACUCAGUAGUGGACAAACGUUAACUGUGAAGUGGCUGAGGGUAGGAUUGGUAAAAAGUAAGAAAGAAUUUGCGAAAGAACUCAAAAAGAUUGGUUUGCUGAGGCAUCCUAAUAUGGUGUCAUUGCGAGCUUAUUAUUGGGGACCCAGAGAACAGGAAAGGCUUAUUUUAUCAGACUAUAUUGACGGGGAUAGUCUGUCUCUCCACCUAUAUGAAUCCACACCCCGAAGAUAUUCUCUCUUGUCAUUUAGCCAGAGGCUGAGAGUUGCUGUUGACGUAGCCCGCAGUCUGGUCUUUCUUCACGAUAGAGGCAUGUCUCAUGGAAACCUAAAGCCAACAAACAUUCUUCUAGAAGGGCCCAACUUCAGUGCUCGGGUCACGGAUUAUGGUUUGCACCGCUUAAUGUUGCCUGGUGGAAUUGCUGAGCAGAUCUUGAAUCUUGGUGCACUGGGUUACUGUGCUCCUGAACUUGCUAAUGCUUCCAAGCCUGUGCCCUCAUUUAAAGCCGAUGUUUAUGCGUUUGGAGUAAUUCUUAUGGAAAUUAUGACAAGAAGAAGUGCUGGUGACAUCAUAUCAGGUCAAUCUGGGGAAGUCGACCUGACGGAUUGGGUUAGGCUGUGCGAUCAAGAAGGGAGACGCAUGGACUGUAUAGAUAGAGAUAUUGCAGGUGGGGAAGAACCCUCCAAAGCAAUGCAUGACGUACUUGGUAUUUCCCUUAGGUGUAUUCUUCCUGUAAAUGACCGGCCUAACAUUCGACAAGUCUAUGAAGAUCUCUGUUCAGUAUCCGUCUGAAGAUCUCCUUGUACAUUAGUCUCUUACCACAGACUUCUUUUUCAGUAUUCUCCCCCCUUGCCCCUGUUCACCUGUUGGUUGUCUUUCUCACUUCUGUAUUUGGUCUGGGAAGGGCUUGAUUCAUCUUAUUCUUUUUUUCCCCCAAAAUUUUCCCUGUAAAGUUACUUUGCUCCAUUGUUUGAUUGACACAUUUUUGAGUUUGAUUGAUGAUGAUGCUGAUUCAUCUUAUUGUUUGAUUCAUCCACUUAUGCACGUCUAGAAUUUUCCCACAAAAGAAAUAGGUGCGAUUAGUCUUACACUAUGUUGUUGGGAUAAAACAUAAUAGAAAAGGGAGGGAAUACUUAUUUAUUAAAGUCGGAAAGAAAAUCAUUUCAUUUUUUUUUGAAAGAUUUGAUUUUUAAUAACAGUUGGUUUUCUGAGAGACAAUCUCUUUGAGAGAUGUAUUUCAGGUUCAACCCAUUAAAUCUUAAUAUUCACUUAUGUAUUCUUAAUAUUUACGUACAAUAUACUUAAUGUCCACCGAAAAAGUACUUAAA